AUGCCUCGUCCGUCAGACCAGCAACGGGCCGCCACAGAGGCCGGCUUCGGUGCAGGCAACACCGGCGCGACGCCCUCGGCUGACAUCCUCACGGAGGACGUUGACCAGGCGCUCCUGCACUUCUCCGCAGCGGUGAAGGAGCACAACCAGCCCGUUCUCACCCGCACAGUGCUGUUCAUGAAUGAGCUGCUCACCAGCAGCGCCUGGAGGUCCAAACGGUACCGCGAGGAGGAGGAGAGUUUCAACGCGGCACUGGCGAGCCUGAAUGGGCGUGGUCACGGCGGGUCGACAGCGGGACCGGCGCACACCGGCACACUGCACGGCGGUGGGCCGUCUCUUACGCAGUGGGUGGACGCGCUGGAAUCACUGACAGCGGCGGGGCUGCCCACCGCCCUCCAGUACCUGCGCGACCUCUACAAGACCUCCACUGCGUGGACCGAGGUGGAUCGGCGUUGCUCCAUCGCAGUGCUGAAUUUUAUCUUUUUUGUUUUGGUUCUCUUCCGGCAAACGCAGCGGCGUGUCGCUUCACUGCGGCUGCACCAGCAGAAUCAAGUAACUCAGCCGCAACAGCAACAGCAGCAGUGGACCUCCGCCGCGGCCUCACCGAGCAGCACCAUCACCCCGUUUCUGUUUGAAGCCUCCCACACGGCGCUGCCGGCUCCUUCCUUCUGUGAGGAAGGGCGCGCCCUGGACGUCGUUGAGGUCCGCAUUGCCUCGCUCUACCAAGCACAACAAACUAUCGUGAUGCCGUAUUUGUGCUUCAUCUCCUGGAACGCCGAGGCACAGCUGCACGCCGUUAACAUCCGCGCCUCCGUUUGCAUCAAAGGGAUGCCUUCGCUCUCCGAGCUUCCGCAGGUUCCGCUGUACCUCAGCGAGUACGAUGGCUGGAUCUGGGUGUGGAUGACGGUGGCGCUCUACAGCGCCCUGAGCUUGCCGGGCACGCCGCGCGCCCAACCGAGCUCGAUGCACAACGUGCGAGCGGCGCCGUCCUCGCCCGAUCCGGGCGGCGCCUCCGUGGCCACCACAUCCGUCGGAUCACCGCCACCGGCAGCGGUGACACGCCCCCAUGGGUUUUACUUCAGCGCUUCGCCGCAGUCGUCACCGUUGGCGCGUCGCGACAGCACGUCGUUCGCCGGCCGCGGUGCCGAGACAGCCGGAGCGGCACCGGGCUCACACGGCUCAUCUCGUCAUCGAGGUGUCGGCGGGGGAGUUGGAGGCGCCGCGGGAAGCGUCGAUGAUGCUUUGAAUGGCGGUGGUGGGGUGGGUGCCUCGAGAAAGAAGCCGUCGGUGCGGAGUGCGGUGGUUCGUCUGCUCCUCCAAAUGAGCCCACACGAUGGCGGGGAUCUCUACAUGCACAAGAUGGUCGCCGUGCUGUUCUCCUCAUUUGAGCUUUUGCUGCACCACUGGACACGCGGGCAGCCGGUCAUCGGCGAUCUCCUGCGGGAGUGGACGCAGCGCGUCGUCCACAGCCGUCUCAGCCCCCACCUCGCCUCCCUCACCCGCCUGCGCGCGUGGCUCGACCUCAUCCUGGAUGGCUCGCUUGAGGAGCUGACGCGGGUGGUGGUGACGCUGGACGACGUGGUCCUGCACACCUCAUUUUUGUUCUUCUCGAGCACGCGACCUCUUCUCCGGUUGCAUCAGCUGCUGGAGCAGCUCGUUCCCCUGCAGGUAACGCUCUUGUUCCUCUACCAACUACACCUAGAGGCGCAUCGAAGUGCAGAGGAGGACGAGAGAGACGACGAGGUGGUCGGCACCUACCGCUUCCCACUGGAGGACGCGGACGAGGUGUACGGCAGCGAUGGCGCGCGAUCUCGUUGGACGGAGCAGCGUCGUACGCGCACACAUGAGCUUUGUGCAGGCGACGUGCUGCGGUACUGCACCGCCGUCUCACAGCUACUGGCACAUGUCGCUGAGCUGCUUCUGGAGCCGCACACGCAGCGUACGAACGGCUUCAACGCUUUCCAGCUGCCGCAGAGCUUGUGCUGUGCUAUGCUGAAGAACACGAUGAUGUUCAUGGCGUCUGAGAUGAUGCUAAACGAGGAGUUUUGGGUCUCCGUGCGCGGCGGGGGUGGCGGACGUGACGGUGGUAGAGGCGGUGGGUCGGCCAUGCGCAAGCAGUGGCGAUGGUGGUCCGUGUGGACGAACACGGCGCACUUUGUGUGCGUCACCGGCGGCCGCUUCGGGGAGCCGGAGGAGUCCGAUGCGGACUUGCUCUACCACCAGCGCCGCCGCGACGUCUUCUACGUUCAGGCCAUCUCGCUCGCCAUGGAGGACGUGUACGCGCUGCUGCAGAUGAUCGCCUCCACCGACAUGCAGCAGUCUGUCACUGCCCCGCGCACGCUACACCUCAUCUUCCUGCGACUGCGCGCUUUUUUUGUCCGCCUGCACGAGGAGCACGUCGCUGCGAUUAGCUUGCACGUUGUGAGCCCGUUCUCAGCCCUGCGCGACGACACCUUCAACGCCUUUGCCCAGCUGCUGGAGCACUACGUCGCGGUGACGGCGAUGGAGAGGGUGCCAUUUCUGGCCUCGACCGACCCCCUCAAUGGAGCAAACCCGCUGCCGCCUCCUUUCUUUUCCUCCCCCUCGACACCCCUGCACCGCUCGCUGUGGCUGCUGGCCGUCGCCUACCUGCGCCUCGCCACGAUCAACUCCUCCGCCACACAAGACGGUGACGCAGCCCCGCCGGACUCGGCCCACCCGGUGCAACACGCAGAGGAGCAGCCGACAACCAGCUCGCAGACGUCGGCGCGUCGGCGUGCGCUCUCCACUCACAACUUCGUCUGCGCCACUCCGUUUGCCAGCCUCUUCUACCUGCGUGACCGCUCGUACGAGUCCUCGGAGGAUUGGAUGCAGCAGACGGAGAAGUGGCAGAAGAAAAUUUUGUUGCGCAACGGCAAAGAGGUGCCACAGCUGCGGGACUCCGCCCACCUAUUUCGGUGCUACCGCGGCGAGGUGCAACAGAACGAAGAUGCAGCGCGCGAGCUGCUACUGCUUGCAUCGGUGCGUUGGCUAUCUGCCGCCUUGUGUGCCGCGAGCCGUGCGCACGUUAUGGGAGAGACGGAGAGGCUGAGUCGAUCGACGUCGUCCUUUACGAAUGCGCGCGCCUCGCCACGCGGGACGGAGUCGCAGUCCUCCAUCUACGUCACCGCCUUCUCGCGCUACCUAUGUAUGGCGAAGGACAUCUCAAGCCCGUGUCUCUUGUUCCUGUUGCAGAUCAUUCGCGAUGAGCUGCGCGGCUGCAAGGAGCGGGAAGGGUCCACGCACCACUCCAACGCAUCCGCGAUCACCGGCGAGGGGGGCAAUUGGCUGGGUGAGCAGGACUUGUUGGACGCCCGAGCUUUUGAGUGCGAGGUCUCGCUCUACUCUGUGUGA